UUCUUCAGGAACAACAACACGGCUACUCUUUCAACCACCUCGGUAGCUUGCUAGCCAACAUAAAACUGAAAGAUUGACGCUUUAGACCAUGUUAAUGUACAUUAGCUAAUCUCAGUGUUGUGAACGCAGUUCAGUUGACGUAGCAACUAGUUAACUUUAACCUAAUUUGCUUGUUCAAUUUGCAAACUUGUUAAAUAUUGAUACUGAGCCUAGCACUCGGCUAGUCGCUAAUGCUAACUAGCUAGCUAGCUAACAUCCCUGAUCAUGAGUUCACUAAACUACUCAUCCCCUGCUAAAGAAGAGGGGGUCUGCUGUAUGCAGAAAAAAGCUCUGGGACUGAACAAUGUCGUGGAAGAAGGAGAGGAUGUUAUAGAGGAAAGAGAGGAAGAACCUUUUAGGGAGGAAGAGGAUGCUGUCUCAGUAGAGGUGAAGGAGGAAGACGUCUUGGGAGUGAAAGAGGGAGAGACAGAAUAUCAGAUUAACACCAAAAUUGACCCGGAGAGUGACACAGAAGGAAUGGAUGAGGACUCUGUGAGUGACCACAGUUAUGAUUCCAGCGCGGAAGAAAUGUUUUUGGAAGGAAAAGAUCCAAUUUUAGAUCAUGGCACUGAUUCCGACUGGGAGCCCCCAGCGCCAACUUGUUCAUCCAGCUGGACCCCUGCUGUCUCUGGGCCAUCUACAGGUGUGAAGGCACCGACAAAGAAGCGGAAGAGGGGAAGUGUGCCACCUAACAAAGGGACAGAAGGGCGUUGGCACACUGUCCUAGAAGAUGAUGUGGAGCCACCCCAACCAACUUUUCGGCCGAAAAGGAAGCCAGGACCUCAGGUGAACUCGACCACAACUUACAGCCCCCUUCAGCUUUUUCAGUUGUUUUUCACACAAUCCGUUGUAGAUUCGCUCGUGUCUAACACAAAUAAGUAUGGGAAGAAGAAGCAGGCAGGCAAAAAGGUAGCAUGGAAGCCCAUAUCCAUGUCAGACUUUUUCUGCUACCUUUCACUGGUCAUCUACAUGGGGCUGGUGAAGCUGAAAAGCCUGACGGACUACUGGAAAACGUCAUCACUCUACCAACUGCCUUUCCCCAUGACUGUUAUGUCCUGCAAAAGGUUUCUGGUUCUUUCACAGGCGCUUCAUAUCAGUGACCCAAAGGUUGAUGAAGAGAAUGACAAGAAGAGAGGCACAGCAAUGUUUGAUAGACUGUGCAAAAUAAAACCUCUCUACUCCAGUAUUGUUGAGGCCUGCAAGACGUACUUUCAGCCAGCCCAGAACGUGUCAAUCGAUGAGAGGAUGGUAGCCUCAAAGGCCAGAAUUGGCCUCAAACAAUACAUGCGAAACAAACCAACCAAGUGGGGUUACAAGCUGUUUGUGUUGGCUGAUUCUGUGUGUGCCUACACAUGCAAUUUUUUUGUCUAUGAGGGGAGGAACAGUUUUGCUACCGGUAAGGGACUUGGCUAUGACUCUGUAAUGGAGUUAUUGGAUUUUAAACUGCUAGGGAAGGGCUACAAACUGUUUGUGGAUAACUUCUACACAAGCCCUACCCUGUUUGCAGACCUGAGGAAGCGGGAAGUGUGGGCUUGUGGCACCAUUCGUACCAACAGGGUGGGCUUUCCGAAGACGAAGGUGAACGACAUGCCUGAGCGGGCUGAGCGGGGGACCAUGCGAUGGAUCCGUGAAGAUGGCCUGCUGUUUGUAAAGUGGAUGGACACCAGAGAGGUGGUGAUGUGCACAACAAUCCACAAGUCCUUCAGUGGGGAUCAUGUGGUCAGACGUGUGAAGGAUGGUGCCGGGGUAUGGAGGACUACAAGGACUACAAGGACUACAACAAGAGCAUGGGAGGUGUGGACCUAUCAGAUGCGCUGAUAGGCUAUUACAAUGUUCUGCAUAAGACAAUGAAAAUGGUACAAGACCUUCUUCUAUCAUUUCGUCGACAUUGCUGUGGUGAAUGCAUUCAUCCUACACAAGGAAAUGGCUAAGAGCUGUGGAAAGCCCUUCCUCUCACAGAAAGCCUUCAGAGAGCAGCUCAUCAAGGAGCUUGCUGGCUACAGCACCACUGCACCACACCCUGUCCCUUCUGCUCCUGCCACAAGUGUUCAUCUGCCCAAAUAUAUUUGUGCAGGCAUAGAUGUGCCUAAGGGCCAAAAGGGCACAGCAUGGAGGCGUUGCUGUGUUGUUUGCAAGAUGAAGUCCCCCAUCACAUGCACCACAUGCUCGGUGACCCUCUGCUUUACAUCAGAAAGAGACUGCUAUGGCAUCUGGCAUCAGCAGCAGAAUAUUGUGUAGAGCUUUGGCAAAGCGGGUGGGGUUAUAUCCUUCCUGUUUGGCCCUGUCCGGGGGUCUCAUCGGAUGGGGCCACAGUGUCUCCUGACCCCUCCAGUAUUUAUGCUGCAGUAGUUUUCUAUUAACAGUGUGAUUUAGAGCAAAAAGCAGAAACAGGGACAAAUCAGAAACCUGGAAAACCUAAACGGAGAAAAUGGAAUUGGGUAAAAAAAUUAUUAUAAUAAUUGAUAGAGAUGUUAUAUAUAGAUAGAGAUGUUAUAGAGCCCUAAAUAAUGUAUAAAUGUUCUCUUAUUACUGGAUUAUCGAGGGAUAGUGUAGAGUAACAGCUGUGUCCUUUAACCUCCCUGCUCCUCAAUACUUCUUCCACUGGAUCAAAGCUUCAGCCAAGUAGGAUACAUGAUAGUGGCAACACAUGGAGUUGGGUUUGAUAUAGUCAUGGUAGGAUACAUGAUAGUGGAAACACAUUGAGUAGGGUUGGAUAUAGUCAUGGUAGGAUACAUGAUAGUGGCAACACAUGGAGUUGGGUUGGAUAUAGUAAUGGUAGGAUACAUGAUAGUGGCAACACAUGGAGUAGGGUUUGAUAUAGUCAUGGUAGGAUACAUGAUAGUGGCAACACAUGGAGUAGGGUUGGAUAUAGUCAUGGUAGGAUACAUGAUAGUGGAAACACAUGGAGUAGGGUUUGAUAUAGUCAUGGUAGGAUACAUGAUAGUGGCAACACAUGGAGUAGGGUUGGAUAUAGUCAUGGUAGGAUACAUGAUAGUGGCAACACAUGGAGUAGGGUUGGAUAUAGUCAUGGUAGGAUACAUGAUAGUGGAAACACAUUGAGUAGGGUUGGAUAUAGUCAUGGUAGGAUACAUGAUAGUGGCAACACAUGGAGUUGGGUUGGAUAUAGUAAUGGUAGGAUACAUGAUAGUGGCAACACAUGGAGCUGGGUUUGAUAUAGUCAUGGUAGGAUACAUGAUAGUGGCAACACAUUGAGUUGGGUUAGAUAUAGUCAUGGUAGGAUACAUGAUAGUGGAAACACAUGGAGUAGGGUUGAUAUAGUAAUGGUAGGAUACAUGAUAGUGGUAACACAUGGAGUUGGGUUGGAUAUAGUCAUGGUAGGAUACAUGAUAGUGACAACACAUGGAGCUGGGUUUGAUAUAGUCAUGGUAGGAUACAUGAUAGUGGUAACACAUGGAGUUGGGUUGGAUAUAGUCAUGGUAGGAUACAUGAUAGUGGAAACACAUGAAGUAGGGUUUGAUAUAGUCAUGGUAGGAUACAUGAUAGUGGAAACACAUGAAGUAGGGUUUGAUAUAGUCAUGGUAAGCAAAAUACUUUACUCAACAUAUUGUGCAGCUUUCUGUUGCAGGAUCUUUUUAUGGGGGGGGGGGGGGCCUUUGUUGUUUACACAUCACACACAUGGUUAUGGGCUUUAAAAAAGAAGACACCAGUACCAUGUCAGAUACAGUUUAAAUGUAUUCAUAUUUGAAUUUGCAUCCCAAUAUGACACUUUAAAUACAUAACAGAAGACUGAAAUGUAACAAAAUGCCUAUUGUGUUUAUUGAACUGUACACUGAGAUGCUCAGUUGGUCAAUAUUCCCCUCCAGUGAUUCCCCAACAUCUUGUCAACAUGUGCCGCAAAAAUGGAGCUGAUAUCUUAUACCAGUCAUUCUUUAUAGACAUGUAUCCAUAACAAGGCUUAGGCCUCCCAUAUAGUCUGCAAAAACCUCUCCAAAAUGUCACAUUUUUUAAACAUCUUUAUUUUCAUGCAUAUAACUUGUCAUAAAUCUUUUUAUUACCAAAUUCUAUCUUUCGUGUGGACAAUAUUUUUUUCAUGUUUUCAUGAGUGAUUGAGAUUAGGUCCCCGAAUGGUCAAAACUCUUCAAAUAGAAGUACAUUUAUAACACAUAUCUUACAGGUAGGUCCUCUCUCACUCUCUCUCAUCAUGUCACAAGCUGAGAGGCUCCCAGAGGAAGGGUAGGCCCUCUCUCACUCUCUCUCAUCAUGUCACAAGCUGAGAGGCUCCCAGAGGCAGGGCAAUAAAAGGCCCCAGCUCUCUCAACCGCCCCUCCCCUCUCCAACAGACAUCAACCAAUAACAUCCUGAAGACAGAACAUCUAAAAGAUCAUCUGGGAAUCCUUUCUUUCUCAUGGAGCUUUUCAAAAGUGAGGAGAAUAUUCAAUGUGAUGUUUGUACAGUGCCUUUGGAAAAUAUUCAGACACCAUGACUUGUUCCACAUUUUGUUACGUUACAGCCUUAUUUUAAUAUGG